AUGAUGGUUAAAGAUCUCCUUCUCCCAAACCGUUCAGAAUGGGACACGAAGAAGAUAAAGUUCCACCUCCUUCAAUACGUCUCUACCAUCCAGAAGCUGACCCUGAGUACAAAUAAUCUAAAGGAUGAACGUAUCUGGCUCUUGGAGAAAUCGGAUGAAUACUCAACAAAAACUGGUUAUGCUUUGGCUAAACUAAACAGUGGGAACAUACAUGACUCCUUUAAUUGGAAGCAGUGCAUUUGGAACGUGAAGUGUUCUCCUAAUGGCCAAAGUGUGGGAUCUUCUCCCAGCAUCUUGCGUCCCGUCGAGAAGCUCAUGUCAUUCGAUGGAGGAUUUGCUCAAGGUGUGUACCAGAAUGUCUUUCUCGGAAGCAGACAUGGUGCUAAAGGCUAUAAAGAAUGCAAAGGAGGGGCAAUCAGCUACUCAAAAGCCGAAAAACCUACUGCUUCACCGAAAGACUCUAUCCGACCAACCAUUCCCGACUCUAUCUCUCCGACCAACCAUUCCCGCACUACGGUAACUGCCUCUCAUCUCUUCUCAGAUGCGGCUUGGAACAGUUCUAGUUGUGCUGGUGGUUUGGGAUGGGUGAUUAAAAGCUCAUCAGGAAACAUCCUCCUUCAUGGAAGCUCAGCAAAAAGAUAUGUGGCUUCAGCACUAGCUGCAGAAGCUCUGGCUUUAAAGGAAGGACUCUCAAAGGCCAUUUUGGCUGGACUAAAAGACAUUGUCUGUUCAUCAGACUCUAGAUGUUUAAUCCAAUUGCUCACAGGAAACAAAUCUGUGACUGCCAUCAAAGGGAUCCUCCAUGACAUUUGUGUGUUGAGCCGAUCCCUUAACUCUAUAUCCUAUCAUUUUAUGCCUCGUAGUUGUAAUGUGCAAGCAGAUGAACUUGCCAAAAACUCUCUGUUUCUGUUGUCAUGCAGUUCCGAUAACUCUGUUGUUUAA